AGAUAGCCGUAAUGGCUGCUCUACGAUUCCCGAAGAAGACUCUUCAACUUUCGUCCCUUCCAUUCUCUCCUCUUCGCUACUCCCAUAUAAGCUUCAUAACCAACUCUCCGCUUCGAUCUGUUGUUUUCCAUAUUUACCAAAAAUGGCGAUUGAAGUUCCUCUCACAGAGGAGAGAGAGGAGAAGAUGGUAUCUUCAAGCGGCGGUAAGAAUCCAACGCUCAGAAUUGGAAAAUUCCUCAGACCAUGUGCGGAUUCUCUUGGAAAAGCAGCGCCAUUGCCUCAUGUUCCUCUGUUAUCUGAAACCAUUUCUCAAAAUCUUACAAAAUGGCCUUCAGAGGUUCUGUUUAAGGGUUGUAGACCCUCACAACAAAAGUGGAAGCAAUGGGUCGAUCGUUUGGCGAAGAAGCAUGAACCCACAUGGAAGAAAGUCGGAAUUUACAAUGCAAUCAUGAGUUCUACCUAUAGAAUCCAAAUAGAUCGGGAAUUAGUUCUUGGGCUUUCAGAAUUUUGGUGUUCAGAGACUAAUACCUUUGUAUUUCCAUGGGGAGAAGCCACGGUGACAUUGGAGGAUAUGUUGAUUCUUGGUGGAUUUUCUGUUCUAGGAAAACCUGUCACUACUCCUCUCAUAGAAGAGCCUCUGAAGAAGAUAAAGGAGAAAUUGAUUGCAGAGCACAAACAUCUCAAUCUAAGCAGAGAUAAGAAGGCAAGUCAUUCGGCUUGGAUAAACAGAUUCAUGGGUAGCGAGGCCGAGAGGACGACCGAGCUAGAACAUGUGGCUCUUCUAGCCUUGUGGUUGUCAAGAUAUUGUUUCUCUUCAAGUCCAGAACAAGUAAUAGGGAAGCAUGUCUUCUCUGUUGCUGUUCACUUAUCUCAGGGGACUCGGCUUGCUCUUGCACCUGCGGUUCUUGCUAGUCUUUACAGGGACCUUCGGUUCAUAUAUGAGCAGGUAUACAUAGCUAACUCUGCUUCUUUUACUGUCUGGUCUCCAUUUCAGUUAUUACAGUUGUGGAUUUGGGAACGAUUUCCUCUUCUGAGACCCAAUGAUUCUCCUAAUCCACUGCUCCAAGGGGAGCCCAGGGUGGGUCGAUGGCACAAAUGUAGCUCAAAGGUUAGAUUCAAAUUAAAGCUUCCACAUGUGAGGUCUAUUCUGAAACAAAUUGAUAAUUUCAAAUGGCGACCAUACGUAUCUGAUGUUAACAACUGGCAAUUCCCUUCCUUUUACAAAGAGAGGGAAGAGCUACUAAAGGGUGGAUGUCUCAUCGAAGAGAAUGAACUACAGUCCUUUGUUCAUUGCAUAAGGUGUUGUGAGCUUGUUGGGUUCGAUUACAUGGAACCGUAUCAACCGCAUCGGGUGGCGAGACAGUUUGGGUUUGAUCAAGAUCUUCCUGGACAUUUUCCCCGAGUCAAUUCGGAAUGGAAAACUGUUUGGAACAGCUAUGAUCGUCAUGUGAAGAACUCAAGGUUAUAUAUUCGGAGCCGUUUCAUCGAGGCAGAAUGGACAGAGAGAUAUCUCAACUGGUGGAAGAAAUCCAUGAUUGUUCGCAGUGAGGAAAUUAAAGAGGUUUUGGAGAAAAGAGAGAGGUCGAAGCAGAAUUUCGAGGUAAACCGACAAGCUGAAGCUUCUAAAAUGAGAAACCAGGAACAGAGCAAUUGUGACUGCUGGGGUGAUCACUCUCCAGGGUUUGCUGCCAAGAACACUACUUUCAGCAGAGGAAAGCAUUGUGAGGCAGAGAGAGACUCCAAUUGGAAGAAGAUAUUGAAGAAAUCUAAGUUGAACCCACAAGUUGAAGCUUCGAAAAUGAGAGACGAGGAACAGAGCAAUCGUGACGGAUGGGGUGAUCAUCCUCCAGGAUUUGCUCCCAAAAAAACUACUUUCAGCACAGGAAAGCAUUGUGACGCAGAGAGAGACUCCGAUUGGAAGAAGAUAUUGAAGAAAUCUAAGUUGAACCCACAAGUUGAAGCUUCGAAAAUGAGAGACGAGGAACAGAGCAAUCUUGACAGAUGGAGUGAUCAUCCUCCGGGAUUUGCUCCCAAAAAAACUACUUUCAGCACAGGAAAGCAUUGUGACACAGAGAGAGACUCCGAUUGGAAGAAGAUAUUGAAGAAAUCUAAGUUGAACCCACAAGUUGAAGCUUCGAAAAUGAGAGACGAGGAACAGAGCAAUCUUGACAGAUGGGGUGAUCAUCCUCCGGGAUUUGCUCCCAAAAAAACUACUUUCAGCACAGGAAAGCAUUGUGACGCAGAGAGAGACUCCGAUUGGAAGAAGAUAUUGAAGAAAUCUAAGUUGAACCCACAAGUUGAAGCUUCGAAAAUGAGAGACGAGGAACAGAGCAAUCUUGACAGAUGGGGUGAUCAUCCUCCGGGAUUUGCUCCCAAGAAAACUACAUUCAGCACAGGAAAGCAUUGUGAGACUGAGAGAUCCUCCAAGUGGAUAAAGCAAUCGAAGUUUUUCCAGGGAAACCCAAAAGCUGAAGCUUCGAAAAGGAGGAAUGAAGAGCAGAGCAAUGGCAACUGCUGGGGCGAUCAUCCGCUGGGAUUUGCUCUCAAGAAAACCACUUUCAGCACAAGGAAGUAUUGUGAUAUUGAGGAGUCGCAGGACGACGAAGAUCAUGAGCCGUUUCUCCCGUUUCUGCACUAUGGAAAAGGAGUCCCAAAAACCUCAUACUGGUAGGAGGAAGACAACCCAAACAAGUGGGUUCUGUCACUCCAAAGCAUUGGUGAAUGUUGUUGAAGUCGAAGCAGAGAGUGAAGAAAAAGAAAUAGAGGAGCCUAUACCGAUGGGGAGAAAGUGAAAGAACGAAGGAUCCUGAUUACAAUUGAGGACAACCAAUUGAUACUUGUUUAUGCUUAUUUUGUUCUGCUGUUUGUCAUUAAUAUCUCAAAGCACACGCUAACCUCGU